AUGGCAGAAGUCAUCGCAGAUAUGAAAGAACAAAGCCCGCCCGCGGCACACCCAGACGACUUGGAAGCUGUCAACGAGAAGAAGACGGUGCAACGGUGGUCGGAAACAGUCAGCACUAACUAUGCCGACCUGAUCUUCAUCAUCUGUUCGUUGACGACGGGGCUCUGCGAUGGAGUCAUCUACGCUUCGUUUGGCUGCUUUAUCAGUAUGCAGACCGGAAACACCAUCUUCCUGGGACUGGGCGCCGCCGGCAUUCCGGAUAACAAGCCGUACGGAUGGCUCAAGUCACUCACCUCCAUCUCGGGCUUCUUCGUCGGGUCCUUUGUCUUUGCUAAAAUCAUGCGCUACUUUGGAAACCGCAAACGAGGCACGUUGACCAUCUCAUUUGGCGUACAGGCAGUCAUGGUUCUGGUCGCCGCGGCCAUCCUCCAAAGCGACGCCAUUCCGCACUCGCUGCACGACCAGCCGUCCAGUGGUCCCCUGUUCCUCGAACUGAUCCCUCUGGCCAUCCUGGCCUUCCAGUUUGGCGGCCAGAUCGCGGCCAGUCGCGGAAUGGGCUUCAACGAGCUGCCGACGGUCGUGUUGACCUCGGUCUACUUCGACAUUGCCUCCGACCCGGGCCUGACAGAUUCAGUGACCAAGAACGUGAAGCGCAACCGUCGAAUAGGCUCGGUGGCGGCGAUUGCCAUCGGCGCUAUUAUCGCAGGCUGGCUGUGUCGCAGCGACGCCGAGAUGCAGAGCGCGCUGUGGAUUUCGGGCUUUAUCAAGAAACAACAUUUGAAAAUGGCACACAUCGCAUUCCCCAAGUGGGCCAAAACAAUAACUGCCUCCACCGGGCGCACAUACAGCUACGUCCAUAUCCAACCCGGCAAGACAACGCAGCCCACGCUGCUCUUCCUGCAUGGCUUCCCAUCAUCCAGCUAUGACUGGCGCCACCAGAUCGAAUAUUUCUCUGAUCGUGACCAAGGCCGAGAAUACGGUAUCCUGGCCCCGGACCUGCUCGGUUACGGCGGCACCGACAAACCAAGCUCUCCCUCUGAAUACCGCGCAAAGACCAUGUGCCUCGAACUGGUCGAGAUUAUGGACCGCGAGGGCGUGGAGCGCGUGCAUGGUGUCGGUCACGACAUGGGCUCCACUGUUUUGUCGCGUCUAGCAGAUUAUUUCCCACAGAGGCUUGCGAGUUGCACAUUUCUGUCAGUGCCCUAUACGCGUCCUGGCGACCCGUUUGAUUUGCAGGUUGUGAAUGCCAUGACUAGGCAGUUUCUCGGAUUUGAGAGGUUUGGAUAUAUUGAGUUUUUUGUUAGAAAAGAGUCUGGAAGGGUUGUUGACGAGCAUAUUGAUUCGUUCUUUUCGCUAUUCUACAAUUCAGAGCUCUGGAAAGAGAACCUUGCUCCCAUUGGAGCAAUCGAGAAUUGGCUCAAGGCAGACAAGAGGGCCCCUCUUCCACCGUUCAUCACUGAAGAGGAAAAAGCAACGCACUGCAAGAUCCUGCACGGCCACUACAACCACUUAGUAAACUGGUACCGUGCGUUGGUAGACAAUAUCAACAUCGACGACGAAGUGCAAGCCAAACUAGACGCAAAGCUCGAUAUGCCCGUGUUGGUCAUUACCGAACAGCCCGGCGAACUCAGCAUUCCGGGGUCUGAGCAGAUGAAGCUGGUUGCAGAGAAUAUUACGUUUGAGCAGGUCACGACAGGGGGGCAUUGGGUGCAGUUGGAAGCAAGGGAUGAGGUGAAUGCGAUGUUGGAGAAGUUUUUUAAUUGA